CCCAGCGACGAAAUCACUCGAUCUGUCCGUUCUUCCCAGGCUCGCCAUGUCCGGCUCCCCCCUGUCCUCCGGCGGUGGCAUGCCGUGGAAGACCGCUUCGGCCAUCGUUGCGCGGCCAUUGCCCGUCUCCGGCUCGCACGUCCUCAAGAUCGACGGCUGCUCCCGCACCAAGGGCCUCGUCAACGGCUAUGGUGUCUCGUCCGAGAAGUUCGUCGUUGGGCGCCAUCGCUGGUACAUGAGGUACUUCCCUGACGGUCACUCGGCAGGCCAAGCUGGUUGGAUAUCUAUCUACCUCCAUCUUGUUCCCGCUGAUAGUGUCGAUGAUCAAGUCCACGCCCGGUGCAAGAUCAGCUUGCUGGACCAGGACGGGGAGCCGGUGCCGUCGCGCGUCACGGACAGCCAAACAUGCUACACCUUCUCCAGCAAUACAGGGCCAUGGGGUUCUCCUCAGCUCAUCACCAGGAAGGACUUGGAGGAGUCACUUUACCUCAAGGAUGAUGUUUUCAGUGUCAAGUGCGAGAUCACCGUGCCGAGGGAGAUCUUCACGGAGCCCAUCUCGCUGCUGGUCGCCGCGCCGCCGUCCGACAUGCACCGCCACUUUGGCCGGCUCCUCUCCAGCGGCGACGGGGCGGAUGUCACCUUCGAGGUCGGAGGCGAGACGUUCGCGGUGCACAGGUGCGUGCUCGCCGCUCGGUCGUCGGUGUUCAUGGCGGAGCUGUUUGGGCCGAUGAAGGAGAACACCGAUGCUUCUGUACCCAUCGCUGACAUGGAGGCUAAAGUGUUCAAGGCCAUGCUCCACUUCAUCUACACAGACUCUCUGCCGCCCAUGGACGAUGAGCAGGAGGUGGUGGUCAUGGCUCAGCAUUUGCUUGUUGCCGCUGACACGUAUAACCUCGAGAGGCUCAAGUUGCUCUGCGUAGAGAAGCUCUGCAAUCACAUGGACGCAAGCACCGCGGCCACUACGCUGGCAUUGGCUGAGCAGCAUUCCUGUCGCGGGCUCAAGGACUUGUGCUUCAAGUUCCUUGCGUCCCCUGGAAAUAUCCUCAAGGCCGUUGUGGCGAAUGACGGCUUCGAGCAUGUGAGGCGCAGCUGCCCGUCUGUGCUCAAGGAGCUCGUUGCCAAACUUUCACCUUGAUUUGAGACAGGCACCGCCCUCUCUAGCUUGAUUAUCCUGCAAUUUCAAGUAGUACUAUUGAAUUAAUUAUGUAUCAGGAAUUGAUGUACUAGUACUUCUAUUUGUGCUGCCUUUUCCAUGUUAGAUCAUCAGUGGCCAAAACUAUUGGUGAUAUGCAAAGGUCGAACUUAUCAUAUCGGGGUUGCUAAAUCUUAGUUGAAUGUUGAACCAAAUUUCAGUCGAUGCUAUAUUCACGGGAUUUUACAUGAA